CCUCCUAUUUAGGGUGCAGCCAGUUUCCCCAGCUCACGUGUCCAUUAGACUGAUGGGCAACAACUUGACUUGCAAGAUCCUGGACUUCCGAGUCGUGACGUCACCGGUAGAGCUCCACUCGGAUCACUGACAUGUUACACUGUAAGAAAAUUCCAAGCAGCCAGGCUGUAGGUAGGGGAUGAUACAAAAGGAAGUAUACGUCAUUGGCUUCGCCAAAAUGGCAGACGCAGCGAAAACACAGAAAUGCAGCUGUUGUAGCUUUUGUGUGUAGAGCUCGUGCUCCACUGAGGAUACCGGAAGUGCCUGGAAAGUGGCUGUCUGCAUGUCACCUCUAGAGCUGUGAGCAGGGCUCUCCAUCCCAGGCUCGGGUGUUAUUGAAAGGUAAUAAGGUAUAUGUACAGCUAUUAAUAUGUAUGGGAACUAUAAAUUACACAAGUACUCUGAAUGUGCCUGCUUACCCACAUAUUACUGUUUUUAUAAUUGGUUCCCUGUUCAUCUGUUCUUUUACCUAUUUAUUGAAUGUUAAUGUUUAUAUAGAUCAGUUUAUAUAUUGGGCGUGGGGGGACAUACUGGCAUAUCGCUGAUAUAUUUUGCAAAUGAACUUGUAAACUAAUGAACAACAUAUUACAGGUCAGAAGAUUUCAGUGAUGACAAUGGCAACAUUGUGCAGGAAUGUGAAGGUAUGUUUAUUAUUAUUAUUAUUAUUAUUAUUAUUAUUAUUAUUAUGAUAUUUAUAUAGCACCAACACAUUUUCGCAGCGCUUUACAGUGGGUGGACGAACAGACAUGUGAUUGUAACCAGACAAGUUGGACACACAGGAACAGAGGGGUUGAGGGCCCUGCUCAAUUAGCUUACAUGCUACAGGGAGUGGGGUAAAAUGACACAAAAAGUAAGGAUAGUAUUAGACUAGUGACAGUUGCAAGAUAGGAAUCAGCCGUGAGCUAUUAACAGUUUAAACUGAUACGCUUUUAUGAAGAAGUGGGUUUUUAAUGAUUUUUUUGAAGGAGUGGAGACUGGGUGAGCAUCUAAUGGAGGAGGGAAGUGAGUUCCACAGGAACAGUGCAGCCUUUGAGAAGUCUUGAAGGCGAGCAUCAGAGGUGGGAGUAUGGACAGAAGAUGGACAUAAGUGUUCAGCAGAACGUAAGGGCCUAGAUGGGACAUACUUGUGUAUUAGGGAGGAUAGAUAGGAGGGAGUAGCAUUAUGUAGAGAUUUGAAAGCAAGAACCAGAAUUUAAAAUUGAGCCCUAUAUCGUACAGGAAGCCAAUGUAGGGACUGACAGAAGGGUGAGGCGUGGGAGGUGUAAGCGGACAGGAAGAUGAGUCUUUUGAGCGCAAGUUGGGAGCAUGUGAGACCACUGAGAAGUGGAUUACAGUAGUCAAGGCAAGAAAGGACAGUGGAAUGAACCAGCCACUUAGUCGCAUCUGGCGUUAAGUAGGGUCCGAUGCGCGCAAUGUUUUUGAGAUACAAGCAGCAGGAUUUGGCAAUAGACUGAACAUGAGGCGUGAAGUAGAGGUCGGAGUCAAAGAGAACACCUAGGCAGCGAGCCUGCCUGGUGGAGCUGAUGGUAGCACCAUUGAUUUGGAGGGAGACAGACACAGGAGUAGCAACAACACUUGAGGGAGUAAAGACCAGAAUUUCAGUUUUGGUCAAGUUACAUAGUUACAUAGCUGAAAAGAGACUUGCGUCCAUCAAGUUCAGCCUUCCUCACAUUUGUUUUUUGCUGUUGAUCCAAAAGAAGGCAAAAAACACAGUUUUGCAACAAGCUAGAAUGGCAGUCAGAUUUAUCCUUGGAUCAAUCAUUGAAAGAUUAUAUCCUUGAAUAUUCUGUUUUUGCAAGUUUGCAUCUAGUAGCUGUUUUGAACAUCUGUAUGGACUCUGAUAAAGCCACUUCAUCAGGCAGAGAAUUCCACAUCCUUAUAGUUCUUACAGUAAAAAAAAAAAAACCUUUCCUUUGCCUUAGACGAAAUCUUCUUUCUUCCAGUCUAAACGCAUGACCUCGUGUCCUAUGUAAAGUCCGGUUUGUGACUAGAUUUCAACACAAUGGUUUGUAUUGACCUCGAAUAUAUUUGUAUAAUGUUAUCAUAUCCCCUCUCAGGCAACGUUUUUCUAAAAACCCAAAACACUCCUUCCAGCCACGCAUUGGCCUCUCUAAUCUCUCCUCACUGUAGCGCGUUGCACAGGUAAUAUCUCAUAGAAUACCACCUUGGAGGUCCUUUUCUUAAGUUUGCUACCUAAUUCCCUGAAAUCAUUCUUUAGGAUCUUCCAUCUUCCUCUUACUUUGUCAUUGGUACCAACAUGGACCAUGACCGCUGGGUCAUCCCCAGCCCCUCCCAAUAAUCCAUCCACUCUGUCAGCAACAUGCCGGACCCGAGCACCCGGGAGACAGCAAACUGUCCGGUUGAGCCGAUCAGAGCGGCAGAUUGCACUAUCUGCUCUCUUAAUGAUAGUGCCGUACCACCACAACCUGUCUUGCCUUCCUUACAUUUUAAUCCCCACCUGUACUAGGGGGGCUGUUACCUCUGCUGUUAGAAGUAACAGCUUCCUCUAAUACAGCUACUCCUGAGCUGAUGCUCCCAACAUCUUCACUCAAACGGGCAAAUCUGCUAGGUUGCACCAAAUCAGGACUAGCUAGACAUUUCCUCUUCCCUCCCCUCCUGCUUCCUCGCUCCACUGUCACCCAGCUACAUGCCUGUUCCCCAUCUGUCUUAUCUCCUCCCUCUCCACUACCUGUCCCCACUAAACUCUGCUCAGUGAGCAGCAGAUUCCUCUCAAGAUUGUCAAUCUUCUUCAAAGUUGCAAUUUGCUUCUCGAGAUCUCCAAUCUGAGUUUCCAGAGAAGCCACUCGCACACAACCGUCACAGAGGUAUGGACCCUGGAUGGGUACAUCCAGGCAUCCAUACAUGCAACAAGAUGUGCAUUGAGUCAAACCACCAAUCUUGCUAACACUCAUUUCUCCAGAUACAGAACAAUAAAACCAAUAACUUGUUCGUUUCAACUCCUGGUUUUCUAACUCCUACUUGAAAGAGUCUGCUUUCAAGUAAUGUGAGGAAGCUCAGUGAGUUAGGGGUGUGCCUUUAUUGGGAUACAAAUCCCACACAGGUGCAAUUAAUGAACACUCCCCCAAUCAAUCAAGCAGCAGCACAAAAGAGGGGGGGAAACCAGAACACAGAAAAAAAAAAAAAUUAAACACUUUAAAAAAUUUUUUUUUUUAAACUUUACCAAUUGAACAGAUUUAACAAACAUAAAAUACAAACCACUCCAAGCAACUCCUGGUUUUCUAACUCCUACUUGAGUCUACUUACUAGAGUCUGCUUUCAAGUAAUGUGAGUUUAAGGAAGUGAGCAGCCAUCCAGUUAGAAAUAGCAGAGAGGCAGUCAGAUACACUAGUCAAGAGAGGACAGAUAGAUUUGUGUGUCAUCCGCAAAUAAAUUUAUAUUGGAAGCCAAAGGAGCUAAUGAGUUUACCAAGGGAGGCAAUAUAGAUAGAGAUCAGUAGGGGACCAAGGACUGAACCUUGGGAGAGGAGUUGGGGAGAAGCAGCAGAGCCAAAGAAAGAAACACUGAAAAGAGUGCUGGGUGAGGUAGGAGGAGCACCAGGAGAGAGCAAUAUCUUGUAGACCGAUAUUGCGGAGGAUGAGAAGAAGUUGUUGUUGAUCAACAGUGUCAAAAGCCGCAGAAAGGUCAAAGAGAAUUAGGAUAGAGUAGUGACCACGAGAUUUUGCAGCAAGUAGACCAUUGGAUACUUUGGUCAGUGCUGUUUCCACAGCGUGCUUAGCGCGGAAACCAGACUGAAGCUGGUCUAGCACAGAGUUGGACUCGAAGAAACCUGUCAAUCUCGCAUACACAACUCUUUCAAGGAUCUUGGACGCAAAAGACAGUAGCGAGAGAGGACAGUAGUUGGACGGGGAGUUGGGGUCAAGGUUGGGCUUCUUUAGAAAUGGGGUUACAGUUGCAUGUUUUGAAGGGCAAUAGAAAUAUGUCAGAGGGGAGAGAGAGAGAUUGAGAUUUUUAGUGAGACCUAGAGAAAGAGAAGGAGAGAGUACGGAUUAGGGAUCGACCGAUUAUCGGUAUUUUCGGCAAUAUCGGUAUCUGCCUAUAGAGAUACCGAUAUUGUCAAUAAUACAGACCAGAACCACAGUGAAUGCAGUGUGUCUGUGUAGUGUGUCUAUAAUGAAUGCAGAGUGUGUGUUUGUGUAGUGUGUGUGUGUGUAUAUAGUGAAUGCAGUGUGUUUAUAUAAUGCAGAGUGUGUGUGUGUGUUUGUGUAGGUAUGUAAUGUGUGUAAAAUGGGGGUGUAUUUUUAUUUUAAAUUAUUUAUUUUUUAGUCCCCUCUCCCUGUUUCUUACUUGUCCAGGGAGGGGGAAGAUUGCAUUUCUCGGUGGUUUAAACGGUCCUGGGGGCCUGCAGCAAGCUCUUACCUUCCCAGCAGCUCCCUACAGCUCCCCUGUCUAAAUCUUGCGAGUCCUGCGGCCUUCAGAGCGUUGCCACAGGUUACCAUGGUAACGCUCCGCGAGGCACACAGGCUGCGAGAUUUAGACAGGGGAGUUGCUGGGAAGGAAAGAGCUUGCUGCGGGCCCCCAAUGCAUGAUUGAUUGAAAUGUACAUUGAGGGGAGAGAAGUAUGCCUACACCACCUCCUUGACAGUUGAGUCUGUGAGUGUGAGAGAAUUGUAGCCCACCAAAACAUAAAAAGGCAGGAGUAGUGCUAUCAGAGGGGGACAGCCAGGUCUCUAUAAGUGCAAGUAGUGUGAGUGAGUUUGAGAUGAAAAAGUAGUGUAUGGCCAUUGAUUUAUUUUCUCUAAUUUAUAGGUCUAAUAGAAUAAGUAAAACAGCAAAUGAUAUGUAAAUAAUACCUUAUUUUAGAGCAGCUGAGAAGUCCACAAAGAGAGACAAAAUAUGAUAUGUAUUUCUACUAGCGAACAAACAAGUUUAGAAAAUUUAUAGGGUUAUUCUCUAAAGUGAGAAUUUAAGGUGAACUUCAAAUUUAGGGUCGUAAUAGCCAGCUACGCUUUUAGUUGAGUUCUUCUGACCUUCAAAUUUAAAUUCACUUUGACUUCUCACUUUAGUGAAUAAGCCAGUUUGUUUAUUUUUUUUUUUUAGUUGUUGCGAAAUACACGGUGCACAAGUUAUGUGCUGUCUACUUAGGAGUAUGACUUGAACACAUAUCUUGAUUUUACAAUUAAAAUUUCAAAUGGAAAUUGAUUUGUUUUAUAUUGACAUGCAUUAAGAACAAGAAAGCUAUAAUACAUUUCCCUUUAUUUUUUAUGCAAGGUAAGCCUAGUAUAAAUCAUAUUUAGCAUAUAUACCCUCAAAGAAAACAUGCAUGCAAUUAUUUUUGCUUUGGCAUUCUAUCUAAAAAUCACUUGCAAAAGGUGCAGUUCUCUUAUCUGUAGCCUUUGCAAGCCUUCCCCUCCUUUAACAAGCCAGACAUUCUGUGACUUUCCAAUCACAGACUUCCAGUGCAGCUCAAUUGCAGGGCAGGUGAUCUGGGCAAUGCCUGCCUUUUUUGUUUAGUGCAGCUGAGCUAAACUACCAGGAGGUAAUAUAACCAGUUGUCUGAUCGCCAGCAGGCUGUAACAAAGUUUAUUUAUAAAAGUGCUGCUUUCUAUUGAAAUGUGCACUUUUUCAGAAAUGAAAAAAAGCGGAUAUACUCUUAACACAUAAAGGACUUCAGCAAUCUGAAGUGUUUUUGGGUAGAUUUUCUCAACCUUUUAACAGAGAAGUACCCUACACCUCUAAAAAAAAUAUCCUAAGUAUCCAUGCCUCGAGAAAGUAAAUUCUGUUGACUUAAAUUCCAAAUUAAGUAUGUAGACACAGGUAUUUAAGUUAAUCCCAUGUUGGAGAACAAGGUAGUAAAUACUUUUUUAAAGAUAAAUAUGACAUAAUGUGACUAUUGUGUAUGAACUAUUAAUCUGAAGGAUAAAAGUUACAAAGUUAAAAUAUAAUACACAGGGGGGCGUGGCUAGCGGCCGAGAAGAACGGUCGCAUGGUGUGAGAGCUCCCGGCCGUUAUAGCCCUCACAGCCUGACAUCUCGCAGCUACAUGCCCUAAAAUCGGGCCAAAUAAGCACCAACACCAGCAGCCUGCAGCAAUGGCCCCUGCUAAGCAGACGAAGCUCACGGACCCGGUCCGCCAACAAAAACGGGACAAAACGCGGCCUAUACAAGAUGGCGGCGACGGACUAGCGACAUCACAGUCCACAGACUCCCCCCUGGAACAAGACACUGAUGUAAGCCUAUACACUGAUGCCCCAGUCACGGAGAGGAAGCUCUUUAUUAUGCUGCAAGAAUUUAGAGUAACUCUGCAAAGGGACCUCAGGCAGGCAACUAAUGACAUCAAAAAAGAAAUUUCAGAACUGGGGGAGAGGACGAACAACUUGGAGGCUAGACAAGAGGAACUCUGCUCAGCACAUGACAUGCUGGCAGAAACUGUACAGAAUCUAAGCGAAGAACAUAUAUGGCUUUAAAAAAGAAGAUGGCCGACAUGGAAGACCGCUCGAGGCGGAACAAUAUCAGAUUCCGAGGGAUCUCGGAAUCUGUGGCAAAUGACGGCAUUGCUGCAUACAUAUUGACACUGUGUAAAACACUGGCGCCAAUGAUUCCGCAACAGGAGUGGAUCAUGGACCGAGCACACCGGCUACCAACACCUCAAAGGCUUGCGCAAGACACGCCACGUGAUAUAGUGGUGAGAUUCCACUUCUUUAAAACUAAAGACGCGGUACUCGCAGCGGCAAGGAAAGCAAUGACAUUGCCGGCGCCAUACGACAAAGUUCAGCUAUUUGCAGAUCUGUCAGCAAUGACAAUGAGCAGGAGGCGGGAGUUUAUAACAGUCACAAAGACAUUAAGAAACAACAGCAUUCAAUACCGCUGGGGGUACCCAACCAAGAUCAUCGUUUGGAAAAAUGGAAGGACAUAUACAGCGAACGAACCGGAGGUGGGCAUGCGACUACUGAAAGAAUGGGGGUUAUUUCCGCUGAGGUCUCCGGACGGAGCGACAGUGGAAUCACCGACACGCCCGCAGAGAGAGUGGCAGAUGGCGGGCUCGCCCUCCAAAAUCUGACGACUUACAGGUCCCUCACUACAAGGACUAUUGUAAGAUAAACAAUGACUGUCACGCUUACCACUUGCUAACGAUUGAAAGGUUGUGAGUAUAAGUAAAUGUGUUACUAUACAUGGGGACAUGACACCACAACCUUACCACGACACUCCAGCUACUGGAGAGACACACACGAAUACCCUAAAGGUUAGGCUGAAAGGGGGUAGAAGUACAAGGGGAAAAGAGUUUCGGAACCCCAGAUAUGUCUCAAAUUAGCAGUAUUAAAAAGAUGGGCAGGGGAAAUUGGUUGGUCAAUUUAUCAAUACAUCCAUUAAUUCCAAAGGACAGGGCGGAAACCAACACUGAUGGGGGCCGAGGGUGGCAUGCUCUCACAACCAGACCAUCCCCUAGGUUUGCGCGCAGAGACGGGACAAAACACCCGACUUGCGUUUAAACCAGGAAGAGCGCUAACAAAUACAAUGGCGCUAUGUACAUACUUGUUUUUGUUACAGACACGUGGUUUUGUUAUCCCUGUUAUAUCCCAACCCCUUCCUUCCUGGACAGCCUCAUCACCACUUGCUAUGCAUUAUUACCCGUACACGCACGAACUGCACAAGCAGCCUAACAAAAGACCGUAUGGCUGACGAACUAAAAAUCCUAACAUUAAAUGUGAAAGGCCUCAACAGCCCCCAUAAACGCAGACUGGCAGCAGUGGAAAUGAGUAAAUCUAAAGCAGCUAUAGUGUGCUUGCAGGAGACGCGCUUCUGCAUCCGCAAUACCCCGAGGUUUAACGUCAAACAAUACACCCAAAACUAUCACGCCCUAUCACCGACUAAAUCCAGGGGGGUGGCCGUGUACUUCCAUAGAGACUGGGUAUUUUCACUCUCCAAACAAUAUGCUAGACGGGAUGGGAGGCUGCUGGUUCUGGUGGGUUCCCUGAACGGAUUACAAAUAACAAUAGUCUCACUAUAUGCCCCGAAUGAAGCGCAGAAACAAUUUCUAAACAGGGCGUUCCGCACAAUUGCACAACACAAACAAGGACACACCAUCAUAUGCGGGGACUUUAAUUGCUCCCCUGACCCAUCCCUAGAUAUCAGCAGAAUGAACAAUGAACCACCAAAGCCAGCCUCUAUGGCCUUAGGCGAACGGCUCAGUACCCUUAUGCAUGAGCAUGAUUACUAUGACACGUGGAGGGCUCUGUAUCCAUGUGAGAGGGAUUACACGUUCUACUCCCCCGUACAUAUGACCUACACUAGAAUAGACUUAUGCCUCCUAGACACAAGAACGUUACCCUUUGCAACGAGAGUACAAAUAGGCUCAAUCACGUGGUCUGACCACGCUCCACAAAUUAUAACUAUAAAAACACCUUACCCAGCUAGGGGACGAGGCACAUGGCGCCUCAACGAAGGCCUUUUGGACACACCGGGGAAUCUCCGUCAAAUACAGGCCAAAACGCAGGAAUACUUCGAGACCCAUGCGACCUGCCAGACAACAAUUAUCACCAAAUGGCUAGCUCAUAAGGCAGUCAUAAGGGGGAAUUUUAUCCAGAUUGGGGCGAGAGUAAAAAAGCAAUAUAACAAUGAAAGAUCACGCCUUCAACAAGAAAUAAUCACACAUGAAGAGGCACACAAACAUAAACCCACCAAACGCACGCACGACACACUGACAAAGCUCAAAACACAACUAAACUCUCUUCACUUAGUGGAAACUGAAAAAAGGAUGCGGAUCCUCAAACAGACAUAUUACACCAUGGGCAACAAGGCAGGAAAAUUACUAGCCCAGCGAGUACGCCAAACCAAAUUGCAGUCGAAAAUACCCUAUAUCACCUCAGAGCAGUGAGCAAAACUAUAUAACCCCCAGGACAUAGUCAACGAGUUAGCGCGGUACUUUGCGUCCCUUUACCAGUUAGACAGGGAUCGAGGCACUCAUCAGCCGACUAAACUGGGAAUCACACGUUUUCUAGAUCAGAUAGAUUUACCGAGCCUAUCCCGAGAGCAAUGCUCCGCACUGGAGGCACCCUUCUCAGAGCAGGAAAUUGAAGAGGCCAUUAAGUCCCUACCUAAGCAUAAAGCCCCGGGCCCAGACGGCUUAUCAAAUUAUUACUAUAUAAAAUUGUCGCCGUAUCUGAUCGCACCUCUCACCACACUAUAUAAUGCAAUUAAAGACUCAGGGGAAAUGCUCAAAGAAAUGCUAGAAGCUUUCAUUGUGACUCUGCCCAAACCAAACAAACCCCCCACAAUCUGCGCUAAUUUACGCCCAAUUUCCCUGCUAAACGCAGACACCAAACUCUACGCUAAACUGAUAGCAACUAGACUUAAAAAAAUACUCCCAGAUCUCAUCUCUGAGGAACAGGCGGGAUUCGUCCCAGGGAGACAGGUGGGAGACAACACCAGGCACUUUCUGAAUCUGAUAGAUUGGGCAAAUUUAUCGUCCCAGACUGGCCUGAUCUUGGCACUGGAUGCCGAAAAGGCCUUUGAUCGCCUACACUGGGAAUAUAUGUCGCAGACGCUCCUCAGAAUGGGAUUCUCCUCAAAAGUACUGUCGAGUAUUCUUGCAUUAUAUCGAAAUCCGACGGCCAGAGUGUUUAGCACGGGCUUUAUAUCUGUGAUCAAAUAGAGAUAAGAAAUGGUACCCGACAGGGAUGCCCCCUCUCGCCCCUCAUAUUUAUACUAAGCCUAGAACCUCUAAUUCGACUAAUAAACCGCGACCCAGUAGUACAAGGACUCCACACCCCAGGCGGUGUCAAAAAACUGGCACUUUUCGCGGACGACGUUUUAGUAUUCCUAACGCGUCCAGAAUCCUCACUACCACAACUCAUACACAGGCUCGACACAUAUGGACGGGUAUCUUACUAUAGGAACAACACGACGAAGACGCAAGCAUUGCCUAUAAACUUACCGAGCACUAUUGUCAUGACGCUACAAUCACGACACACAUUUGACUGGCGUAAAACCUCUCUAAAAUACCUGGGGAUUAACCUCACAAAGUCCUCUCAGACCACCAUACGGGAAAACCACUACCCGGUUAUACAAAAGAUAAGAACCACACUAGAAAAAUGGGAAGGUCUAGAGGUGUCCUGGUUAGGCCGCAUUAACCUUAUUAAAAUGAUGGUGCUGCCACACAUACUAUACCUGUUUAGAACCUUGCCCAUCGCCCUCCCCACCAAACUUUUAAAACUCUUCCAAGGCACAAUAAAUGCACAUGUAUGGAAACGGAAGCCCCCGAGAGUGGCAAAGGGCGUGCUGGGGCUCCCAGGCACCAGUGGGGGGCUGGGCAUGCCGGACAUCAAGGCUUACUAUAAGGCAACCGUUUUAGCGCAGGGACUCAGGCUAUUACGUUCAGCGCCUGCCACCCGUAAACCCGUAUGGCUAGAAAUGGAAAGUGCCUGUCUGGCAACACGUGAUUUGUCACGGAACCUAUGGGCAGGGGGACACUCCCAAGAUGUAGGGGGGAAACAAUUGCAGAGCUCACGGUUUCUUUUAAGGGCAUGGAACAACUGGAGCUCCUGUAUAGUGAACUCCACAGAGCUCUUUUUAGCAGCACCCUUGGAAACACUAGAAGUACUAUCCCCAGACUUGCCGAUGGGCCGGUGGAAAGGGAGGGGUGAACUCCGGGUCCAGGACAUGCUAGAGGGAGGAAAGAUUAAGCAAUUCCCCAUCCUGCAAAGGGAACUACAGCUACCAGCAAGGGAUAUCUUCCAAUACCUUCGAAUAAAAAACAUAGUGCACUCGCACAUUCAACUCUGCACUACUCAUUCCCUCAAACCCCACAUAACGCUUAAACAGGCACUUCUCCACAAACAAAUCAAACCGCUUUCAGCAUGUUACAACGCACUAAUCAAUUCGGCAGCCCCCGACAAUCAUAAAACCACAUACAUGAAUCUGUGGGAGAAGGACUUGGGACUCCAAAUUCCCAAAACAGAGUGGCUAACGGCUCUGGAAAUCACGAAAAAAGCAUCGCAAAGCCUCACACUCUGGGAAGCGUAUUGCAAGGUGCUAAUGAGGUGGUACUUGGUACCACAUAGACUAGCAAGUAUGUACCCGGGUACGUCCGGGAAGUGUUGGAGGUGUAACAUAGGAUAGGGAACCAUGAUCCAUAUUUUCUGGACAUGCCCCUCACUGACAGAGUACUGGGAGGCGGUCCAUCUGCUUCUACUAAGCAGGACGGGAAUCACUCUCCCCAAGAAGCCGGAACACUACAUACUUCACAUAAUACCCAGCAUAGCAACUCACCCCCAUAGGAAAGUAGCGGUAAACAUUCUAACGGUAGCAAAAAUACUGCUAGCCAGCAACUGGAAGAGCAACAAAAUACCAGUAGUAGAGGCUAUAACACAUAGAAUGGAUAUGAUUAGCGCAUAUGAAAAAAAUGGCAAAUAGGGUAAAUGGUAGUAGUAUGAGAUACGACAGAGAAUGGAGUUGCUGGCCAGCGGAAAGUUAGGUAGUAAAACGGGAACCUUGAAAAGGCGAUGCCUACACUCACAUAGAACAAGGUCCAGAUGGGAACAAGGCCAAGAUACAAAUGGAUGCAUAGGAUUAAAUCAUCACAUGUAUAAAAUGCUGUCUAGGGUACCCCCCUCUCCCUUCUUCCUUUCUGUAUCCCCCCCCCAACCUAAGUUUUGUUACAAAAUGAAAGAAUAGGUAAAGCUUGUCGGACGUGCAUCAAAAGCAGUAAUUGUCAUGUGUACCGCACCAACACACAAAGAUACUAGGCAAAUCACAUAACACAGUGCCCUCGAGCAGAGAGUUCCAAAGGGAGUGAACCUACCUGGGAAGCAUCACAGGCUUCAAAAGUAUAAUCAAAUGUACACACAGUAGAUAUUAGAUCGAUACCAUGUGGGGCAAAUGGUUUACACAGCUGCGACUGUGCGGGGUGUGAAUGCCAGAGUGCACUGCGAUGCACAAAGUCUGAUAAUAUGCUUGUACCAAUAAAAAGACAAAUGAGAAAAAAAAAAUAUAAUACACAAAAAAAAGUUUCACACAGAGGACACUGACUGAUUUAAUUAAUACUGACAGACACACUCACUGAUUUAAUUAAUACUGACAGACACACACACUCACUGAUUUGACAGACACAUUUACUGACCGACACAUACACAUUCUCUCAUACACACUUACUUACAAAUUAAUUGCGGUUGAAUAUGUAAAAUAACAGAGUGAGUCCAAUGUUGGAGUAUAGCUAGGUAUAUGGAUGUGGAAAAACACUUGCAUUUAGUAGAGCUCCAAACCACCUCUAGGGUAUUGUGUUAAAUUGAGACACUUUAGGAUAUAUGGGUGUCUGCUUAUGAUCAGUAUAGAUCCUCAAUAAGACAAGCAAUAGAAAGCAGAAGAUAGGAGCAAUAUAUAGUGUAGUAUAUAUCGUGCAAACAUGGAAAAUAUAUGUAUAUAUUAUAUGCACUCACAUGAUUCAGAGCCUUGAAGGGCUCAAUUUAGAAUAGUGUGAAUUGGUACAAUCCCCACUCCAGGAUAACAUUCAGCCAGGUGUGGUGAGCGGUAUGAUGUAAGACAAAACACAAAUCUAGUUCUCUCUGUGGAUGACAGCAAUGUAGUAGACCAUAGAAUACUUUUUUAAUUUUUCGAGUAAUUUAUGGUAUUGUUCAGUCUGUUUUAGGCUUAAAAGGAUAAUAUACCCGCUGCAGAUUGGAGCUGAUAAGAGUGUAGUAUUACACAUAAUGCUGCUGUACAAAAAUAUAGCAAGAACACUAAAAAUAGAGCCAUAUAACAAGCUACCUAUACCUAGAAGAAGAGUACGAUCAGUGCUAAUUCCAGAAAGGGGAAUCAUAAUCUGGUCAUAUGAUCAGGAAGUUUAGUUCUGUCAGAAAACAAACUGCAUCCAUGUUGUCAUGGUGGUCCGGUCACAUGAUCAGACUAGAUAAGGAUAGAGAAUGAAUUAUGUGACUUAUAUUUUUUGAUAUAAUGAUCUGACCCAGACGAAAAUGCAUUCUAUAUUUAGUUGGGGCUACAGGUACACCAAUUAUAUGGUGAGGACAAAAAAAAAACCAAUGUGGAAAUCGUAGAUAAGGAUGCUGUCCAUGUGAUCGGACCAAAAAAUAAAUAGUAUGCAUAUGACUAUAGAGAGCACUAUAUUUGUAUUUUCUGUUCUGUUGCCUAUUGCAUGUCUUAUUUAGGAUCUAUACUAAUCAGAUUAUACCAAUAUAUUCUAAGGUGGGGAUUGUUUCAUCCAAACUUAGUACUCUAGAGCUGAUUUGGAGUUUUAUUGAAUGUAAAUGCCUUUCCACAUGCAUUUUAUAUACCAAGAUAUCCUCCACCAUUGGACUCUCUCUGUUUUUUAUUUUACAUAUUUAUCCAUCUGAAGCGCAACUACCAACCUACUGUGAAUAAUUAGCAUUAUGCCAGAAAUGACUUUAGAAGGCUAUCAAUUAACAGAACUGUUUUAGUGCUUGUUUUUUUUAUUAUUCCAAUGCAUACAUUUUUUUAAUGUUGUUUUACUAAUUGUCUAUUAUAAACCUGCUACUGUAUUCAGUAGAAUAGUACUGCAUGUGAGUCUGUUUAUAAUUGAUAAAACAGAAUAUGGUAGUGGUGUUUAAUAGUGAAGCACAUUUAAUUAUUUAUUUUAUAAAUGACUUUUUGUGUUUUUGUUUUUUCUUUCUUCAGCUUUUUCAAGAGCUUCCAAUUCUGCCUAUUAUGUCUUAUGGUGGAAUCCGGCAUAAAUUCACCAAGACCCGUUAUCCCGAUGAAGUAAGAUUGCUUUUGUUCACUGGUUUUAUGGUUUUUUUUGGGGGGGGCUGUUUGGAUGUCAUGAAUAUGCAGAUGAUCUUUUGUUCAUUGGCAUACUUUGCUUCCCUGGGCAUCAUUGCCUAUUGCCUUAAUUUGGUAGAAACAGCAAAGUUGUCCAGGCACUCAAAGUCUUCAUACAUGAUGAAACGAGGAUUGCAUGUUGGUAAUAUUGUAAUAUAUGUACGUUUUAUUUUGCAGGCCUUCCAGCCAAAGCCUGAAGACCAUGAAAAGUAUGGUGGAGAUCCACAGCAACCACAUCAACUGCAUCUUAUAACGCGAAUAAAAUCUGGGCUUGGGCGACCACACUGGGAGAAAGAAACUUUGAAAGCUCUUGGUCUGAUUAAGGUAUCUUUGGAUAUUAAUGUGUGUACAUAGAACACAAGGUCACCCUUUUAGACUGGAAGAAAUUAUAUUUAGUCCAAGGCAAAAGGAAAGGUUUUACUUUUUUAAUCUUUUUUCUUUUUAUUAAGAACAAUAAGGAUGGGGAAAUCUCUGCCUGAAGAGGUGAUUUUAUCAGACCUUAUGCAGAUGUUUAAACAGCAACUUGAUGAAUACUUGCUAACACAAUAUUCAGUCAUAUCAUUUCUAAUAUGUGAGGCUUUUUCAUCCAAGCAAUGAUAUGACUGCAGUUCUGUGGUUGAGAAGGGAUUUUGUUCCUAGCUUUUUGCCUUCUUUUGGGGCAACAGCAAAAACAGAUUUGAGAGGCUGAAUUUGAUGGACCCAAGUAUCUUUUCAGCAUAUAUAACCAUAUGUACCUACUUCUCAAUAACAUAAUCGGACAAGAGGUAAAAAUUUGUUUUUGUGUGUAUGUAUCUCUUUCGAUCAUUGUUUUUUCAUAUGUGCCUAUCCAUAAACAUAGCAUUUAUAUUAAAGAAAAUAAAAUGUUUAUAUACAUACACAUAUACAUACAUACACACACACACACACACACAGAAUUUAUAUAAAAUUAUUUUUAUUUUAAUAUAAAUUUUGUGUGUGUGUAUGUGUGUGUGUGUGUAUAUAUAUAUAUAUAUAUAUAUAUAUAUAUAUAUAUAUAUAUAUAUAUAUACAUACACACGCACAUAAAAUUUAUAUUAAAAUAAAAAUAAUUUUAUAUAAAUUCUAUGUGUAUGUAUAUAUGUGUAUAGAUAUAGAUAUAGAUAUAUAAAUUUAUUUUCUUUACUAUAAAUUCUAUGUUUAUGGAUAGACAUGAAAAAACAAUGAGGGAGAGAGAGAGAGCUACAUACAUAUACAUUGCUAAACACAAAUACACACACCAGUCAAGCCAUAAGACUUGCUUUUCCCACAGUGCUUUUACCCCACUUGCAAUACCUUGGGUAGUCUACUUUUGCAAAGGGUAUGCCAUCAUGGGGGUAAACCUCAGUCCUGGGCUACCACACGGUCUCAAAGGUAACAUUACUAACCUGGUAAAUUUCAAUGUGGAAAAAAAUGAAAAAUGGAAUGUGCUAUAUUUGAAGAAAGGGGAAGAGUCUGCGCUGACUCAAUUGAGCAGCAACCCUGAAAGGGAAUCCCUCACAGAACCCUUAUAAGGCAAAAAUUACAGAGAAGGGGGUUGAGGGCUGCGCUAAGUAAAGAAUACGUAAAAGAGAGUAAAAUUAAAUAAAGGUAAAAACCAAAAAGUUCAUCCACAAAUAAGAGAAGUAUAAAUAAAACAAUCUCACUGGUGUGCAGUGAUAUAAUAUAAGUCCUCAAGUGUCACUCCGUCCUUAUGGUAGGUGGUCCAUAUAUGUGGAGACAAAAAAUAAGAGAAGAAAGGCUUCCAAUAGUGAAAUAUUGUAUGUCCAAGGUGUAAUAUAUAUUCAAAGGAAAAGGUAUUUCACUCACAUUUGUUGGAGCUUUAUCCAGCUCUCGGAGAAGAGGCACUUAGUGGUUUGAUCCCCACUAUCGGAUAUACUGAACAGUUGGUCUGUCCGUCCGGUUUGAAGUUUCUUUAGUGUAGGCUAGGACCUACUCAGAUGUACAAUAUUCGUUAUGUUGGGGAGAUAGGUCCGCUUUUCCGGUAUUGGAUAAUAGGUGUCCACGAAAUAUAUAAAACAGUAUAUAGUGCUCGCAGUAUGAACAACACAGUAAUAUGUAUAAAUAAGUUAUACUUACAAAAAUAGAGCAGACAGAUACAGAUUCCACCAGCGCUGUGGAAAUAGAGCAGUAUCUGUAUGCUCUAUUUUUGUAAGUAUAACUUAUUUAUACAUAUUACUGUGUUGUUCAUGCUGCGAGCACUAUAUACUGUUUUAUAUAUUUCGUGGACACCUAUUAUCCAAUACCGGAAAAGCGGACCUAUCUCCCCAACAUAACGAAUAUUGUACAUCUGAGUAGGUCCUAGCCUACACUAAAGAAACUUCAAACCGGACGGACAGACCAACUGUUCAGUAUAUCCGAUAGUGGGGAUCAAACCACUAAGUGCCUCUUCUCCGAGAGCUGGAUAAAGCUCCAACAAAUGUGAGUGAAAUACCUUUUCCUUUGAAUAUAUAUUACACCUUGGACAUACAAUAUUUCACUAUUGGAAGCCUUUCUUCUCUUAUUUUUUGUCUCCACAUAUAUGGACCACCUACCAUAAGGACGGAGUGACACUUGAGGACUUAUAUUAUAUCACUGCACACCAGUGAGAUUGUUUUAUUUAUACUUCUCUUAUUUGUGGAUGAACGUUUUGGUUUUUACCUUUAUUUAAUUUUACUCUCUUUUACGUAUUCUUUACUUAGCGCAGCCCUCAACCCCUUUCUCUGCUAUAUUUGACCCUGUAACUUUCCAAAACACCGUAAAAACUGUUAAUGGGGGCAACUGUUGUACUUGUGAGACUUUGCUGAAUCCAAAUAUGUGCUUUUAUUUUUUUUUGCAAUAAAAGCUAACAGUAUUAUGACAUUUACAGCUAAAAUGUGAGGUGGAACUACAAAUUAAAAAAAAAAAAUAAUUUCUGUUUUUUUUUUUUUUUUUUUUUUUUACAUUUUACAUUCAUAAUAAAUUUUCAUAUAUGAAUAGUUCAUGAGAAAUUAAAGCCCUGUUUCUCCUGAACAAAAUUAUAUAUAAUAAGUGUGGGUGCACUUAAUAUGAAAGAGGUGAAUUACAGUUGAACAGAUCUUUCUCUUUCUCUCUCCUCCCCCCUCCCCCCACCCCCCCAUUUCCUGUCCUGAAGGGGAUAUAUAUAUAUAUAUAUAUAUAUAUAUAUAUAUAUAUAUAUAAUUAUGUGUGUGUGUGUGUGUUUUUAUAAUUCUUUGUUUAUAGAUAGGCACAUAUAAAAAAACAAUCAGUCAUUACAGAGGCACUCUGUAAAUCACCGUCAAAUUCCCACCAAAAACAUAGCCGCCAAGAUCGUAUAUGGAGACCAAUUUAGUAGCCAUUAGGUUAUGUCUUCUGGAUAUAUAAUCCAGUAACUAACCAUUGUACUCCUUUCCCGGACUGGACAUCAUAUAGGGAAAGAACACAAUAAUAAAAUGGUUAUAAAAAUUAACCAUUUACAUUUUAUUAUUAACAUAAAUAUCGUUCGCCGGUAUCUUCACCGGUGCCAUUAGUGGACACCAAAAAAAUGUCUAAUUGCAUGUGCAGCGGCGUCUACUUAGUUGCGCGUGCACGAAACAAAUGAUCGCGCAUGUGCGAAAACUUUGAAAAAUAGGUGAAUCAAAUAGAGUCCAAAAGAGCAGGAUAUAACGGACUGACAGCCCGAGAGACCAUCAAAAUAAACCGUAGUUAAAUGGUACAUUACUUUAAAGGUAUGGUGUCCAUGAAUGUAAAUGAGCAAAUAAAACAUAUAUCAAAAAGUAAAAAUCACAUCCACUCAAUAUGGGCUCAUUAUAGCAUUGAUUGAUAAAUUGAAAUUAUUGCACAAAAUAAUAAAAUAAAAAUGUUACAAAGAAAGUAAAAAUAAUCUCUGCUGUGCCGGAUUCAGUGAUUUAGCUACUAAGUGAUUAUAGCUUUCCAAGUGAUUAAAGCUCUGGAGUGAUUAUAGCUUUCCCCGACAGACAUUAGCCUAGACUUAAUGCUGGGAGUGAACUGGUUUAAUGGGGAAUGGUACAGGCAAUUUAUACAUAGACCCCCAGCAGGAGCUCUCCAUACAGUUACAAACUCCUCCCCGGCAUCUCUGCGUCUGGGAAAUAAUUGAGUGUACUUUGCUUAAACUAAUUAUCUUCCAGGCACAGCGGUACAAUGUUCAAAACACAAAACACACCAAAAUACACACAAUACUACAAGGGACCCCUUCAAGUCAUAUAUCCCCAGAUAGCUGCAUCUGAGCGCCCAACAUAUCCAAAUAGUGCUCAGAUCCCAUAAAUACAGCCGAAUCUCCACCGGGGUUAAGUUUUGACCGACCGCACACGUGACGCCUGUUCAAAAUAGUUCUAUACGAAAAGUGGUAGCAGUCGGUCACUUUCGGGAGUUCAAAACCGAACAAAUCACCAAACAGAUUUGGCUCUUAGGUAGCGAUUGUUCGCCUAGUUCAUGCGAACAAUCCUACUGAACAGCACUCUUCUGAGGUUUGAAGAAACGAAAGCAGACAAGGAUGGUAAUAAAGUUCAGCGGUGUUCACAAGUUAGUGUGUCCGAUUUUAGUUCCAUGCACUUGACGAGCGAACACCAUUGUCUGCGUUCGUGUGACAAGAUGGCUGCCAACUCAGUUCCCACGUGUUCGUGCAUACAAACAGCGGCCACCCAACCGAAUACUGAGGUGUGAAUCCAUUAUGGAGGUGUCAGUAGGGGUCAAUAGGUUUAACAAGCUCCCAGAUGAGCUGAGAACAAGGGGAAUUUGUGGGUUUGUUCGGUUACCGAACUGAAAUGGGAAAAGGACACUAACAAAGUAUUUUCAGCGACAGGGUGUUCUGUCACAUAUACCAUGGGGUUGUUAUUCUCCCAUAAAGGGUUUGCCCAUAUCAAUGCCCUAUCCAGAAGGGAGGUUGAUCAUAAAACCCACUCUAGCCCUGUUGGUGGGAUAGGCUCUAACCCUGUCGGUGACAUAAGUUGUAAUUCGAAGUGUAUGCUGACCUAGUUUAAAUACCCUCGGCAUGCACUAGGAUCACCGCUGUAACGUAAAGGGGACGUCAUGAGCGGACAUAUUAACUGUUGCAACCUCCAGGUUAGGGGCAACAACUACUGGUAUGGGAUUUUGCGCCUCGGUUUGCAGAUGUGCCGUACUGCCUAGUAAAGUCUGCAGAGCAAGGGCAAAUUGGUCCAUGCUGUGGUCUAUAUCUUCAAAUCGCACGUCAUCACCAGAAGCUUGUGGGUUGACGCCUGCAGGGUCCAUAGCCCUAUUGUAAUAUCAGUCGUGUGAUAACCCAAGACAGUAUAUAAACUAACCUUAAAAUGGUCGGGUUUAACAUAGGUAGAAAAGAGUAGUCAAGGGAUCGCCAAAAGUCAGGAUACGAGAAAUCAAGAGAACGAUACAAGAAGAGUCAAAAUACAAGUCGAGUCAGGGAACCAGAGAAGUCUAAAGCCAAGCCGAGUCAAAACACAGAAAUAAUAUAAUCGCAAGGUGAACCAAAUAGCACUAAGGGGAACACAAGGAAGCACAAUAGGGCAAGGAACAAAGCAAAAGGUGCCCUUUUUAUAAGGAAGCGUCUUUUGCUUUAAGGCCACGCUCCCAAAACGUUUUAACUUCUAAAUGGAAGAGACUUUGUCAGUGAUACUACAGUGGCAUGAUCUCUAUACCAAAUCGAUUAAUUAAAGAAAAAAAAUUCUGAUGGUUAGUGUUCCUUUUAAGAGCAUCACAUUAUUACUACAGACCUUGUUGCCCAUUAACGCUCUUGAAAAAAACUGUUACACUUGUAUUAAAAGCAAAAACAUGUGCCAUUUAAACGGUGUUGAAUCUCCUGAAUACUCCUCCUCUCCUGAAGAGUUACAUGACAUUUCAUGAGUUGAAUAUUCUAAAUGUGUUAUAAUAUUUUGUCUAUAAAUUGGAAUGAUUAUUUCUUUCAUAGGCUCAUCAACCAGUUGUACACAAAAAUAUUCCUGCAGUUAACGAAAAGCUUAAAAUUAUCAAGCAUUUGAUCAGGUUGGUGCCAUAAUUUAUUCAUUUUUCAUUCAAUUCAAUCUCUAUAAAAAGAAUAUUCUAUUCUGCAUGUUACUUUUUUUUGGAAAAAAUAUCAAAUUAAACAGAAAUGUGAAACAGACAAAAAGUAUAGAUGUUAACCUCCCUGCAGGCAACAUUCACCUGUCUUCAAAUUUAUUUCUUCCUAGUUAGCACUUCUCACCCAGCUUAUUUCUCAGUCACGUCUCAGUAAUUUUCCUUUAGCAUAUACCUUGUCAUGCCUUUCCAUGCUCUCUCUCUCUUAUGGAUUAAACUAGAUUUGUAACCUUUUAAUGUCUCCAUGCCGUCUGGAUUAUCAGUAUAGAUAAGUGCACAUUUCAUUCUUUAAAGGUUUACUCCAAGCACCAUGAUCAGUUCAAUGAUUUGAAGUGGUUAUGGUGUUUGGAGUUGGUAUGUGCAGAAUUUCAGUUUGAAACACUGCACAUACAGAGUUAAAGCCCUUUGCUGCUUGAGGUAUAAUUCCACCUCCAACAGCAGGUUUAUGUUAAAUCUUUGCAUAUUUGGCAUCUGUUGACAACAUUCAAAGCAUGCUGGUGGCACAUCCUCCCCGUUUGUACCACCCCAAUCCUACCUUCAGCCCAUGCUUUAGGAUGUCUUUCCCCUACAGUGAAACACUGAAGAAGUAUCAGGUGUCAGAGCUCUGCAUUGAAUCCUAAGAUUUUAUUAAAUCCCUGUAUUGUGUUUUUUUUGUUUGUUUUUUUUUGUUUGGAGUAACCCUUUAAUUCUGAUAAUUGCAGAGGGGUCUUCACACGCCCUAAUGCCCACAGUCUGCAUAAUGGAGCUUGGAGUUCUCAUGGUCUCUUUCCCCAACACAGCUGUUGUGAUUCGAAGUGCCGAAUAGAAGGCAAAUGAAGACUGCUUCACUUCAGUAUCUCCUUUGUGGCACAUUAUUUAUUUAAAUGUGUGAAAUAAAUGUGUUGCAUAUUUCUAUGUAUGAUAUUAUAAAUGGUAUGCUAUAUAAUGUUUUAUUUGUUGUUCUAACAACGUUUGUGUACUUCCAGAGUUCAACCCCUGAAACUGCCUCACGGCAUUCCAACAGAAGAUGAUAUAUUAGACACUUACCUGAAGAGCAAUGGGGAGUUGGUGAUUAGAAAGAAGCUGCAAGCAAUUGAGACUAAAUCAAUUGAAUCGUAAAGAUUCAUUCAGAAAAGCAUGUGAUGGGCAAUGCCAUAUUUAUUGAAGUAAACCAGGAAAUCAUCCAAAAAUACUAAUUACAUGUUGUGUAUUGCACAUUGGUACAUUCAGAAGAUGUUGGUAUAUAAUACUCUUAUGUGUGUGUACUUUGUAAAAUAAAUUACAUAUUUUGUAUAAAUUAUUUGCAAACUGUGUUUAUACUGGAAAAAGUAGUAUUGUGCUGAAGACCAAAAAAAAGUACAAAAUUGUUAGAAAAACUUGUUAAAGGGACACUCCAGGCACCCAGACCACUUCAGCUAAUUGGAGUGGUCUGGGUGCUGUGACCCUUUUGCACUUAGUGCUGCAAUGAAAAACAUUGCAGUUCCAGAGAACUGCAAUGUUUACAUUGCAGCUCUAAGUCUGCCCUCUGUGGCUGUCUAGCGGGCUUCCGGAAUCCAAACCGACCUUUGGUCAGCUAUCUGACACUGGACAUCCUCAGAAGUGGUGGCCUGAUCCAAUUACAAUGCUUCCCCAUAGGAUUGGCUGAGACUGACAAGGCGGCAUAUCAGGGGCAGAGCCAGCACAAUUCAAACACAGCCCUGGCCAACCAGCAUCUCAUUAGAGAUGAACUGAAUCAAUGAAUCUCUAUGAGGAAAGUUCAGUGUCUGUAUGCAGAGGGAGGAGAUACUGAAUAUUUAGAUGCAUUUUAGGCAGCCACGACUCAGGAAGGAUCUCUAACAGCCAUCUGAGGAGUGGCCAGUGAAGUUAUCACUAGGCUGUAAUGUAAACACUGCAUUUUCUCUGAAUAGAUAGUAUUUACAGCAAAAAGCCUGACGGUAAUGAUUCUACUCACCAGAACAAAUUCAAUAAGCUGUAGUUGUUCUGGUGACUAUAAUGUCCCUUUAAAUAGGUGCCCAAAUCCAAAACGAAAAAAAGGUUGUCACAUACACAAUCUCAAGUCGAGGACCGGUAGGUAUCUAAAGAAACCACAACCAAGCCUCUACUUGAUACAAUGCAAGCCAUAAAACCCACAUAAAGUAAAGAGUGGGAAAGACAUAAAUUGCCAGAGGCAUCGGCAACACCGAUAGUCCUCUUUACUCAGCAACCUUUUUGAAGUGAGUUAAGGUACAUGGCCCACAUCUAAGAGACCCUCUGAUGCGUACCUUCAAUCCAAAUAGAUUGCUGAGUAAAGAGAACUGUGAAUGUUACCAAUGCCUUGGGUGUGUCACAUGUAGAGACAUGAGACCAGGUAAGACCUUUUCACAUACCCAUACUGUGGCAGUGUUUCAUAUUAAACACUGUAUUACCUGCACCUCUAUGUUUGUCAUUUUAUAAGCUACAAUGUCAAUGUGGACUUUCGUAUAUAGGUGCAUCAAACUACGUGAGAGGAUUUGGGGACAUCACUGCUCUAUAAGCACGACUUACAGGGAUGCUCAUUUGGACAAGUCGAUGGCUAGACACUUUGUACAAAUAGGGCGCACACUUCUCUCCCUACAUUUUAUGGCCAUAGACUCUGUUCCAGAUUCGUCCCUUGGGUUGUACGAGCCAAUUAGUUAUUCAAAUUUGAAUGUUUCUGGAUCAUCACAUUGGAUACCUUUGCUCCCCAGGGUUUCACAAAAAUAAAAAAGACUCAUUGUUGCUGACUUGCUAACUAGGCUGAUCAAGAAUGACUAUUGAAGCCUUGUAGCUGCUGGCUGGUGUGUACUGG